AUGACUGCAGUUCCCAAGCAACACAGGGCCGCGCAGGUCAAGCAAAAGGACGGCAAGCUGGAAAUCGUCACCGUCGACACGCCCACGCCUGGUCCCAAUGAGGUUCUCAUCAAGGUCACUGCCAGCGGCGUCUGUGGCAGCGACCACAUGGCCGUCUCUGGGCUCAUGCCCGGUGUGCCUUAUCCAAUGACCCCCGGCCAUGAGGUUGUGGGAAAAAUUGUAUCGCUUGGCAAGAACGUCGACCGGAACCUCUGGAACGACGGCACCAAGGUGGGAAUCGGCUGGAACGGCGGCACGUGCCAGCACUGCGCCAACUGCCGACAGGGAGAUCCCACGGGCUGCCAGAACUCCAAGGUGACAGGUAUCCUCAAGGACGGUGGACAUCAAGAGUACGUCGUCGCCGACGAGACGGCCCUCGUCCGUCUGCCCGACAAGCCCAACAUGACUGACGCCGAGCUGGCUCCCCUGCUCUGCGCCGGCAACACUGUCCACGAGGCCCUCCUCGUCAGCGACGCCAAGCCUGGCGACCUCGUCAUCGUCCAGGGCCUCGGAGGACUGGGCCACCUUGCGCUCCAGUACGCCCGCGCCAUGGGCUUCGAAGUUGUCGCGCUGACGGGCACGCCCGGCAAGGCAGACCUCGCCAAGAAGCUCGGCGCCCACCACGUCUUUGCAGCCUCAGAAGACGACAUCGCGGCCGAGGUCAAGAAGCUGGGCGGGGCCAAGGCGGCCAUUGCGACGGCGCCCUCGGGCAAGGCAGCCCAGGAGCUCAUCCCCCUGCUCUCGCGCUACGGCACCCUCGUCGUCGUCGGUGCGCCCUUUGACGGCAAGCCCAUCGAGGUCAGCAUCAUGGACCUGCUCGGCAGGCGUACCGUGCGCGGCAUGACGUGCGGACACGCGCCCGAGAACGAGAAGACGGCCAAGUGGUCCAGCCUGAGCGGCAUCAAGGCCAUGGUCAACACCUUCCCUCUCGACAAGGCCCACGAUGCAUACGAGGAGACGCAGACGGGCAAGCCCCAGUUUAGGAACGUCAUUGUCUUCGACUAA